AUGCCUCUCUCGGGCCACUGCCUCUGCAAGGCCGUCACCUACACGGUCGACAUCGAUGCCCCUCUAGUGACGGGCUACGAUCACUGUGACGACUGCCAGCGCCAGUCUGGCUCUACCUACUCGCUGGUCUGCGUCGUCCCCAAGGCGCUGCUCAAGGUCGAGGGCCCCGUCAAGAAGUACAAGGGCAUGGGCUCUUCCGGAAACGCCGUGUACCGCUGGUUCUGCGAGGAGUGCGGCUCGCCCAUUGCCCACGACCCCGAUGCCGCGCCCGAGAUCAUUGCCCUUAAGGGCGGCUCGCUCGACACAGAGAUCAAGAAGACGUUGAAGCCUGACGUCGAGAUCUGGACCGUCGGCAAGCUCCCCUUCUGCCAGGAGAGCCUGGCCCACCCCUUCGAGCACAUGCCCCCCUCGUAG